ACGAUUUCGCACCAAUCCACGAAGGCCUGGAUGUCAUGACCUGACACAUUCGGAGUGGGUUUGGCUUGCCUAGCAAAUUGGAGCCUACAGCAAAGAUGACCGUGUUAGAUUCUUCCUGCAGUGCCCUAGCCAAGGAAAGUCCGUCGGCUACCCUAACUGACGACGGUGGCGCAAAUCGAGACUCUUCUGGCAGCCGGCCGGGGAAAGAACAGCGCGGUAGCGCUGGGUACUUCCAACAGCUCUUCCACGCUCCCAAUGGCAACCUUUUCGGCGUACUGUCACCGCUGCAACAGCGCAGCGGCCGCGGCUGCACUAUGAAGCCUUCGUUCCUGUGCCGUCAGCCGGCUCAGCAGAUGGGCCAGCGUGCCACGCGCAGCCGGAGCGGCCGCCGCGGUGGCGGAAGCCGCUGUCUCAAGUUCCACAACUUCAUCCCGUCCGAGAGCAUCACUUCGGAGAAGGACGAUGGCUCGCACGACGACGUGUGGAAAGUGCACGCUGAGUGCAAGCUCCAGGAGGAGCACGGAACUAAGCAGAUCAUGGUGUCCCAGUGGUCCGUGUCUUCUACGGACGCCCCUCCUUCUUCGUCAGCUUCUUUCGCCCAAGCAGCGAUGGAGUCAAGGAACCCCAGCGUCAACGACGCCACAAACGAAGUCGACAAGACCACGUCGUCCCAGCUGGCGUCGAGAUUGCGAGCCGAGGUGACGCGACGUCAACCACCCGUGUCGACUUGCCCACCGCCCGCAUCCAGCCCGACCAACAAGGCCACAGACGUUUCAGGACUGAACGCAGGCGAAGCUUCGCCACACCCUCAGCAGCAAGUUCAAGUUACUAACCAGACGGGACUCGUGGUCACUGCUGUCACUUCUCCACCAGCAGCACCCGUGGACGAAGAUGUGAUUAGAGCGAACGCCAGGGUGUUUUGUGCCUUCGAGAAACAGCGAACUCUUCAUGAACAGGCAUCAUCCUCGUGCUGCUCCGAGGACGCCCAGAGCAGGACCGAAUCUGCACCUGCUUCGCCUGUCGGUGCAAUGGACGAAAGUGCCGACGCAUCCGGGAAGCAGUCGGAAAUCCUCUACGAGUGCUUGUCCAAGCGGCACCGAAGGAAGCCUUCGCAGACGCGCAGGGUAGUCCCUUACCGAAAGUACCUGUCUCUGCUGGAGAAUGACGAAGCUCCUAGUGCGUCACAUCCACUGGACUUAUCUAUGAAGACAAGAGCACGAGCAAUGCCCAACGACUCUGGUGCCACUGUUAGCAGCAUUGCUAGCUGUUGCUUGCCUCCCGCAGUAUGUGGAUCAUCAUCGUUUGUGCCAUGCUGCUUGCCGGCCUGUACCUCACAGCCAUACCUUCCGAAUGUUCCUUCAGAGCACUAUCAUUUUCCUUAUCAGGAUUUGAGGACAUCUGUUCCUGGCUGUUUCGAGAAGUCUCCACUCCAAGUGGCAUUAGAAGCACCUCUCACAACUCCACCCAGCCAUAGACUUUUCAAUGCUUUCUCUCAGCCUAGUGGACUUGCGUUAGGACACAAGUCUGCAGUGCCCGUACCUACAAUACCUACAACCCAGUUGCCGUUUGGCUACGCCCUUUACUCAGCCCCAUCAUCGUCAGGUGCUGGCAUGAAGCCGUCACACCCUCUUCAAACGCAGUCCUAUACAGACAGUUCUGACAGUGGCAGUAGGUCAGCACUGAUGGCAGUUCUGCAGAAUUGUCGAGAUCCGAGGACCAGCAGCGGGCACAGUGCAUCAGCGAGCCCGUCACCUUCAGAAGCACCCCGGGACUUCCGCAAGCCAAGCCAGAGGUCACUCAUAAAGCAGAAGCUGGAAGACACAUUCAAGCAGAAUGGCUUCCUUGUCAAAACUAAGCAAGUGUCGGAUGGUGAUGCCACCUUCUGCAAGUUCCGUCAGCUUCGCAAGUACACCCGUUACUACCUCAAGAGCUGGCACCACCAUCUUCCAGCUGAAGUGCACAAGCUCUGGAAAGGUUUCCUUCCACCCAAGACAUUGCCUGGUCCUGGAGGCUCUACUGAUGAAGCGCCCAGAGAUGCCUCCCAUGGUUCUCUUUCCUUACAACAAUAGUGCUGUGCUGCAGUGCCGCAAGUGUCGGAAUGAUAUAGGACUGGCGAUAUGUUUCACUUGGUGUGUGAUGUUUUUAUUGGUUCAACUCGAGUCAUCUUGGUACUACGAGAGGCUCAUUUUGAGAAGAUUGUUAAUCUUGUGAGUAGACGUGCUCAAAACAAAUUUGAGGAAGAAACAGUUUUAUGGUGAUUCUUUAUUCCCGUUUGUCGAUGACACAGUGUGAUGGUGUGAUCUUUUGCAGUCUUUCUAGCUGAAUAGUAAACAGUUGUGACAUUUUUCAAGUGCUAGCCAUGUGUUUGCUCUGCCUAUAUAUAUGAAUAUGUGAAAAAGUUUACUUCUUUCACAUCUCAAGCCUCAGAACAAUUUAUGCAGAACAUGUAUAGUACAAUUUGUAUAUACUACAUAAAGUUGUCUUUAUAGUAAGUUAAUACAUGGUGCUGUUUGUGCAUCUCUAAUGUUUUUGUUGUUGCUAUUAGUAGAUUUUGUUUAUUAUUGAGUAAGGCAAAUCGUACUUGCACAAAAGCUAGGACAAAAGCAAAGCUGGUACCAGAGGGCUGAGUUCUUGUCUGCAUGUAAAUUUAUUGUCCUUGUGUUUACCCCAUUUGUACGUGUGCUUCAUUUUCUCUCUGGACUGAUGUAUGAACAACUCCGAUUUCGCUUUCAAUUUCUGAGCCAAAACAACCCUACAUUUCAAUUUUCCCAAGUACCUGGUUAUAGUCUUAUCAUUUCUGACCUUUUGCAAACAUUACAUUGCGGGUAAGAACAUACUGUCUUUAAAAUCUGCCUGUAAAGUAGAUGAGCUUGCAGACUUGAAAUCUCUUCCACUACUCCAUCUUAGAAACAUUCGUGUCAUACUUUGUAAACUUUUGUGUCUUACUUUGCUGCAGGUAGUUCUACUUCUUUUUAAUCAUGCCUAGUCGCGAGGUGUGUGGAAGAGAACCAUAUUUUUGUUCACAUCUCUACACUGAAGCAUGCUUGCCAUGACCAGGAGCUCUAUGAUGCAAAAGACAUUGUUUUGUUUGGUGCAGUGUUGUAAAUUCUACCAUCAUUUUAUUUCCUUCGUUAUCUGUGAUUUAGUCCAUGACCUUUUUGAAAUUAGUGUUUCAUUCAAUAUAGCAUCUGUAGAGUAUGCUUUCAGUUAUCACUUAAAUGGUAGCUCAACACUAUAAAACAUAUUAUUUUUGUACUUAGAGCUAGUCAAGUAUAUAUGCGGAAUAAUAUGGUUGACAUGACCAUCAUUGCAUUAAGCUUCGAGUUAUUGCAAAUGUUACAAAGUAAGAAUAAAAAAAGUGCAGUUGAGAGCAAAUAUGCAAGAUAUUCAUGGCAUCAUUCUGAUGUGCUUCAUUGAAGAUACCCUGUGCCAUGCAUGUCAUAGCUCUUUGUUUUGUCAUUGCUGCAUUUUCCUCAAAGGUUGUGAACUCUGUUGUUACAGAGAAUUAUUUCUUUCUUUGCUGGCUACUCUUACUCUUCACUUUGUUGACACGGCCUAUUGCCUUUGUGCAUCUCAGAAUAAUAAUAAGUGCAGCUAAUAGGAGGAUGUAUAAUGCAGGGUCCAGAGUACUGUCAAGGAAGAAUGGAAAGACAGGCUGUGGGUUAUUCAUGGUAUUUAGCAUCGCAGCUAAUGCGCAGGCAUGUGUGAAACCUGCGAAUGCUUUCUCAGUAGUGUACACACGAAGCGAAUAAGAAUAGAGGAAACGGCAGGUCAACAAGAAUAGCACAUUGUUUUCUGACUGGGGAGUAGGCAUCUAGUCAGAAGAGAUUAUAAGGCAGCAUAUCUAUGGUUCACAAGCAGACCUCCUCUGAAGCCACUCGCUGCAUAUUUCUUCUUUCUCAGUGGUUAGGCAGUUUCCUGUGGUCUGGCAAUUUAUCCUAGACACAGUGCGAAAGUAUAGGCAAAAUAAGAACCCUCAUGAGUGCUUGCAAUAAGCACGCAAAGGUUCAGGCACAAACACUCCUACUUAACAGAGUAGCCUGCAUGAACUAGGCUUUCAACAGCCAUUUUUAGGACUAAUUCUAUAACUCCUAAUUCAAGCAUAUUGUUAAACUGGUUGGUUCAGCGCAAUAAAAGUGAAGCCCAGGUUUUCGCACUAUGAUAGGUUAUCAUUUUCACAUCUUAUGCGGGAGUUUCUUACAAGGACUUCUUGAAUGAAACUAAUUCCCUGUUGUAUGUCAUAUGUAAUAUCUGCUGCUAGCUUCUGCUGCAUGUUUUUUUUUUCCCACUGCGAAAUGCUUUUUGUACGCUGUGUGCACAUUGUAAAAUACACAGCUAUACGAGACAAUUGAAAGCUUCAUUACCUGCCUACACAUAAUUUGACUAUGAGUGAAGCAUUUUCUUCUUAAUCCGUCCUGCUAACCUUCUACUAAUAUCCGAAUACUUCUGUCUGAUGUGCCUGUGGUAUUCUGUUAUGCACUUGUUUGUGAUAUUGGAUGCAAGAAAGUGUUGUAUAGGAGGAUUUGAAACUGUUGGGGCAUGUUUUACUUUGUUCACUACGACUUUUCUAUAAUGGUGCUGCAAGGAAGGGAUUUGCCAUGAUGAAAAAAUUAUUGCCUUUCGAACAACUCAGCUGCACCGCAUUUCUUCACAUUUAAUGAUGCACUAUGAUAGCAGUUUUGCUUGUGCAACAUUCGCAGUUAUUUUUCGAAUGUAUGGAAAAUAGGAAAUGUGAUCGCUAACUCAUGCUGCUGAUUUCAAGGUGUCCAACACUGUGCCGAACUUCCUCGCACAGUUAGUUGAAUAGCUUCGAGGGGAUGAACAGGCAUCCUCCCUUUCCCACUUUGGUUAGCCUUGUGAACAUUGUCUAUACACCACCCAUGACAUCUGCUCAGCUGCCUUCGAUAGCCUUGCUUCACACGGCAGAAUUUUGUUGGCCCCAUGAUCUCCACCAGCCUGUGUAAAAGGCAUUUUAUUGUGAUGCUUGCGAGACUAGUCAGACACCGGGUUCUAUUUCUUGUUUGAUGUUGUAGAAAAUUUGUUUACAAUUUGCUGCGCUCUUGUGAAAGCAAGAGCAACAGUACACUUGCACUUCUACAAGAAAAAAAGAGCGUAGUUAUGUAUGAUCUGUCCCUUGGGAAUAUCCUGCAGAAUUCACGUUUGCAGUAAUAGCGAAGAGGGAAGUGUGAAAGUCCUCAUACAAAGCUACUAUUGUCUGUGAAGCAACAUCUCUUGCUCGUGAACUAUUUCUUGGUAAGUUCUGUGAAGAGUGCUAUUUUCUUUCUCUGCUGGAGCUUUCUGGUGCGUUUGUUUUCAUCUGUGUAUUGUGAAACUCAAAUUUAUAUUUAGGGACAUGGCCACAUCCCAAUUCCUACCUAUAGCUUAGAUGUCUAUUGAGACGAAAGUGACUUGUUUUGUUGAGACCUCUAGCAGCAUCUGCUACUGUUUGGACUGUAUUUUUCGUACACCUUUUUUUUUUGCUAAACCUAAGUUAUCAAGAAAUAGAAGCUACGAGUACUAAGCGAGUGCUCGCUAGUAUUCGCGUGAUUGUUUUUAUGCUAGUUGUUCUUUUCAUCUCAGAAUGUUAUUUGCACUGUUAUUCAGUGGUCUUUGUCAUUUGCGAUGAAUAUGUGGUCAUUUGCGAAUUCUGAUUGAACAUCAGUAUAACACGGCCAUCUUGUUCUCUCUGGUAACGCUCAUGUUUAGCCGAAUGUCGAUACUUUUCCAUCAUGUUUUUUAUUUCAUUGUUAAUAAACCUUUUUUUUUUACUAAUCUCAGGCUUUGUGUUGGGUUAGGAUAUUGUUUUGUUGAAAGAUUGCAAGUUUCUGAUGUGUUUAAAUUUGUGGUCAAUUUGCUGUAGAUAUUGUUUUAAGCAGGCAGUCGGCAAUGUAUUCUUUUUCAUGCCUGUGCUGAGGCUCAGAGACUUUAUACUUAAUUUGUUGUUGGCACUGAACAUCUCUUGAGAAGAUUUGCGUAAUGUCUCAUGUAAGCGCCAGCUACCGUGCCUUUCAGACUGCUAUUAACUUUUUAGAAAAUGUCUUUGUACAGCCAAUCUUUUCUUUGUUGAGUUUUUGUUUCAGAAUUGUUGUUUGCAAUGUUAAGUUUUCUAUGAUGUUUUAAGAACAGUGUGCUUGUUCAUGUUCUUUCUCCCUACACCUGUUGAAUGAUGUGUCGCUUGCCGACUCCCUAAGGAAUGUUUUAGCCAUCCUGUGUAUAAAUAUUGUGCCCCUAGCAUGUGAUGAUAUUUUUCUAACGCAUGUUCCUUCAUUAUGUUGGUCCGUUAGGCUGAUCACAAAGCCUCCAAAAAGCGUUGUUAAUAAAUGUUUCCU